AUGCCUUCACACGUCUACGACGCCAUCGUAGUGGGCGGCGGCGCGAUCGGGCUCGCUGCUGCAUAUGAGGUGGCCAAGGCAGGCAAAUCCACCCUGCUACUGGAGCAGAGCUGUUUGUUCAACGCGAGCGGAAGCUCUAAUGACCUGGCCAGAAUGUAUCGCACCAUGUAUACUGAGUCAUUCAUGGCGGAGCUUGCCUACAAGUCCAUGGGUAUUUGGAACGAGCUUGAAAUGGACGCGGGUACAUCUCUGCGCGUAAUGUCGGGGCUGCUGAAUUUUGGAGACACUACGAUGGGAGCAGACACCCCAGAAGGAACACUCAUGGGACCUAUAGAGAAUCUGAAGAAGCUGGGCAUGCCGUUCCGCAGGAUGACAAAGCAAGAAAUGGAGAGCCAGUACCCGUUCAAGAAGCUCCCAGAAGCGUGGGAAGGAAUCUUUGCCCCAGAUAACGGCGUCAUCAACGUUCCGCUCCUGGUUCGCACUCUGGCCCGCCUGGCUAAGGACUACGGCGCCCAGACCCAGCAAUUUACCGAAGUUCAGAAGCUCGUCCCUGUUAAAGAGAACGGCGAGGACACGUGGAAGGUUGAAGCCCGUGUAAAGGGUGACGAGGCUGUCUCGUUCAGGGCCCGAAAGAUCAUCAUAGCGGCAGGCGCAUAUACAAAUCACGUCGUGCAGCCCAGCUUCAAGUUCAAGCUGAAGCUCAACAUCUGGGAGAUGGUGGCGUCGUACUUUUCGGUGAAUCCCGGCCCCAGCGGAACGCUUUUCCCAAGCAUGUGGUUCCAGUUCGCCAACGACAAGCACGGCAGGUCACGGCUGUUCUACGGGUUUCCCACAGUCGAAUGGGGUCCGCCCAACGUGUGUCGAAUCGCGGUGGAUGCGGCAACAAGACAGAUUACAGACCCCAACCUGCGGUGCGGCAGCGUCGUGAACCCCGAGGACAUACACGAUACGCAGCAGUUCAUCAAAGAGCACCUGGUGGGUGUAGACUACACGACGCCUGCGUACACCUUGUCGUGUCUGCAGACCAACACGUUCGACAACAUGUUCGUACUCGACUAUAUCCCGGAACAGUACCUCCAGGGCGGCGCAAAGGACAGCGUGGCAGUCUUCACCGCCGGUUGGGCCAUGAAGUUUGUGCCGCUGAUCGGGCGGGCGCUCAAGGACAUGGUGCUGAUUGGACACUCCGAGUAUGCGUUGGAUGAGUUCAAGAUUGAUCGCCUGGAUCCCAAGAGCAGAGGAAAAGAUGGGCAGCCGCAGGCAGGCAUCAUUGACGAGGUGGAUGCCGAUUCUGGCACUGGCUGGGAGUAUAUCUAG